GGACAUGUUGAGUCCAGGCCAAACACUGAGUUUAUCUGACAGCACUCAGCGCGGCUCAGUGUUUAGAGCUGUUGGCCUGUUUUACAAGUUCUACACAAAAGAAACCGAUCGAGUUGAUCGCUUUUUGUUGUGUGAUUAAGACUUGUGUGGAAUUCACGUUUUGAUAUUUGUUUGUGGAGGCAUUUGUUCACCUUUGCGCUCACCUUGGAGGAGUAAAAGGCUAUCCACUAGAACACAGACAUGCAGGCUCAGGAGCUGUUGAAGCAGCUGCGUCUGCCUGAGCUGGACGAGGUUCGGCAGUAUGUCCGCAGCCUGUCCACCCGGACCCUGGUGGGAGUGGGGGCCUUCGCGGCGGUCACUACGUACCUGUACGCCACGCGGCCCAAAGCCCUGAAACCGCCGUGUGACCUGCACAUGCAGUCUCUGCCUGUGCCGGGGGAGGAGUUUGCCCGGAUGUCUGCACUAAUGGAGGACGGAGCACUUUUGUCUUUUUACUAUGAUGAUGCUACAACCAUGUACGAGUGCUUCACCAGAGGCAUGAGGGUGUCCAAUAAUGGACGAUGCUUAGGGGCAAGAAAGCCAAAGAAGCCUUAUGAGUGGCUGUCCUAUUCAGAGGUUGCAGAAAGAGCAGCAAACCUGGGUUCAGCACUGCUGCACAGUGGCCACUCAAAAAACACUGACCAGUACAUCGGCAUCUUUGCUCAGAACAGACCAGAGUGGACCAUUACAGAGCUGGCCUGCUACACGUACUCGCUGGUAGCCGUUCCCCUGUACGACACGCUGGGCGCUGAGGCCAUCGACUACAUCAUGGAGAAGACUGGUAUCUCCACGGUGGUGUGUGAUGUGGCGGUGAAGGCCGGUCUACUGCUGGAUGGCGUAUCAGGAAAGGCUCACUCAUUGCGGAUGCUGAUCGUAAUGGAGGAGAUUGAUGCAGCGCUGGUGGCUCGAGGCCAGGAGUGUGGAGUGAAGAUCAUCAGCAUGAAGGAGGCAGAGAACAUUGGGAAGGCCCAUCGGCAGCAGCCUGUGCCUCCUAAGCCUGAUGACAUGGCGAUUAUUUGCUUUACCAGUGGAACCACAGGAAACCCAAAGGGGGCCAUGCUUACCCACAGGAAUAUUGUAUCCAAUGUUUCUGCCUUCACAAAGAUUACAGAGACCAGCUGUCCCCUCAGCCCCAGUGACUCACACAUCUCCUACCUGCCGCUGGCGCACAUGUUUGAGCGGGUGGUGCAGGGCGUGCUUCUGGUCCAUGGGGGUUCUAUCGGCUUUUUCCAGGGAGAUAUCCGCGUUCUGAUGGACGACCUCACAACCCUGCGGCCCACCGUGUUCCCUGUGGUGCCUCGCCUGCUUAACCGCAUGUUUGAUAAGAUAUACGGACAGGCCAACACUCCUCUGAAGAAGUGGGUACUGGAAUUUGCAUUCCGAAGGAAGGAGGCGGAGAUGAUGAGCGGCAUCAUGAGGAGAAACAGUUUUUGGGACAAAGCCAUCUUUAAGAAAGUUCAGGCCAGUGUAGGAGGCUGUGUGCGGCUGAUGAUGACCGGAGCUGCUCCAGUUUCUGCUCCUGUACUGACCUUCCUGCGUGCAGCACUGGGUUGCCAGUUUUACGAAGGUUAUGGACAAACCGAGUGCACAGCUGGCUGCUCAGUGACCCUGUCGGGAGACUGGUCUGCAGGUCACGUUGGACCUCCCCUUCCCUGUAACUAUGUGAAGCUGGUGGACGUUGCGGAGAUGAACUACCUGGCUGUGAAUGGAGAAGGAGAGGUCUGUGUGAAGGGGCCCAAUGUGUUUAAGGGGUAUCUGAAGGACCCAGAGAAGACUGAGGAGGCCAUCGACAAGGAAGGCUGGGUUCACACUGGAGAUAUUGGCAGAUGGUUGCCGAAUGGCACUCUGAAGAUUGUGGAUCGUAAGAAGCACAUCUUUAAGCUGGCUCAGGGAGAAUACAUCGCCCCUGAGAAGAUUGAGAAUAUUUACAUCAGGUGUGAAGCUGUGGUCCAGGCCUUUGUGCACGGAGACAGUUUACAGGCCUGCCUGGUAGCAAUCAUUAUUCCUGACCCGGAUUUCCUGCCUGCCUGGGCCAAUAAGAAAGGUUUUCGGGGAUCCUAUAAGGAACUCUGUAGCAACAAGGCUGUGAAAACUGCCAUUUUGGAGGACAUUCUUAAAUUAGGCAAAGAAAGUGGAUUGAAGUCAUUUGAACAGGUGAAGGACAUCGCUCUGCACACAGAAAUGUUCUCCGUCCAAAACGGCCUCCUCACUCCAACCCUCAAAGCCAAGCGCGCUGAUCUCCGAAACCACUUCAGACAGCAGAUUGACGAGCUCUACUCCCACAUUCACAUGUAAAACUCACCCUGUAGAUUAAAGGAAUACUGACAGUGAGUGAAAGCUAAUGGGAGUCAGUCAGCAGUCUCACCAGCUUUCGCUUAUCGUUAGCUACGGCAACACUUUUUGGGUGAAGUAUUCCUUUAGAGAGUCAUCCUCAGUGAGGAACCGUGCCUUCUCCAUGCUACCACACGUCCACUGCCUUUCAUAUGUACACAGGAAUUAAGAGAGUGUCGAUUGGAUCAAGGAGGAGAAAUCCAGUGUCUUGCCAGCUUCCCUUAAAAAACAUCAUUAUACCUCAUGUUCAACUUGAUGUUUGAGACGACCUCAGUUUGGUGCAAUAGAUGGGUAGUGGGAGACUUUUUUUUUUUUUAAUAAAGAACAAUUUCUCUAAAUACAGACUUGAUACUGAUUCGAUCAACAUUUGCCUAAGAUUUGCUCAGGUCUUUGGGCAUUUUAAAGGUUUCGUUUUGGAGGAACUUUAAAUGAUGAUGUUUGAGUGCUAGACUGUUCCUCUGUUUUUUACCUUAGUAGUUCUGACAUUUCGCCCACUUUACAGAGACAUUUCUGCACUAAAUCUGCACUGUAGAAAAUAAGAGGAAAGUUUAUAUGUAGGAAAUAUAACUUAUAUUCCGUAUAUAAUAAUCUUUUUCAGUAGUUUCUUAAUAAAAGAACACAGUCGAUCAUCACCAUCAAGCAAAUAUUUUGAAUACAGUGCUCUUUUUUUUAUUGUGUCCAUAUUUCAACGAUAAAUAGACCAGUAGGAAUGCUCCAGAAUGUGGAUAGGUUAGUGUGUGGAUAGUGUUAUGGCCUAUGCUGCUCUAUUUCAAUAAGGAUCCUUAGCUUUCAUUACUACAGCUACACCCAGAUAUCAUUCAUAGGCCUUUUUCAAGUAAAGAAGCUAAAUUUUGACUAUUUAUAUGGUUUUAUUAUUGAUAUUUGGUGUAAAGGUAGAGUGAUGAUUGACAUUUCAAUAUGCUUUAUAUGUGCCUGACGUGAAGAAGAGUUUUACAACAAGCUGGGCUCGAAUGCAGCUAGAAUCACUGAGGUUUUGACCUCUUUUUGCCUCCGCUUGGUUAAAUUCUUUGGAUGUACGUAAUACUGUUUUAUCUGAUCACUCUGAUGAGAUGAUAUUGAUGAUGAUGAUGUGGGGAAAAAUAAACAACGCAGAAUCUGUUCUGUACAGUAAUGAUUUGUAAACACUAUCUGUCUGCCACCACAGCCCCACUGUCAUCAUUUAUCAGGACUUUCUCUUCUUUUGAUAUGAAGGGCUUUGUGAAACUCCAGGUUAUGUUUAUUAAACAGUGUAGUGUUGCUUGCAUCACAUUUAUGGAUGCAUGUGCGUGUGUGUGUGUGGAAUGUAUUUGAUAAAGUCAAAGGGAAAUAGGAAUAUGAAAUAUGAAAUGAAUUGUUCUGCUGUUUAUGUAAAUGUAAACAAUGAAUGCAGUAUAUAUGUGCUUCAUGUAAAAAGAUGUACAUGACUGAAAUUAAAUGUGAUGGUUUUCUGGA